AUGUCCUCAGAAAGACACAAUGUCCCCGAGAUCGAAGCAGCCAGUUCGCCCGAAGUCCUGUUAAACCCUCUGACGAUUGCCCGCAAUGAGAACGAGAAAGUCCUGAUAGAACCCAGCGUCAACAGUGUACGAGUGAGCAUCAGAAUAAAGCAGGCCGACGAGAUUGAGAAUAUUCUGGUCCAUAAGUUCACGCGUUUCCUUACUCAGCGUGCCGAAUCCUUCUUCAUUCUACGACGGAAGCCAGUCAAGGUGGGUGGCAUUGGCAUCGCCAAAAGAUUGCGACCUGACAAGCUGCAGGGUUACGAUAUCUCGUUCUUGAUCACGAACACGCAUACGGAAGAAAUGCUCAAGCAUAAGUUGGUAGACUUCAUUAUCCAAUUCAUGGAGGAAGUCGACAAAGAAAUUUCAGAGAUGAAGCUCUUCCUAAACGCCCGUGCUCGCUUUGUGGCUGAAUCAUUCUUGACUCCGUUCGACUAG